AUGCGGGCAGACAGGGUACAGUGUGUAGUACAGUGCAGUGUGUAGUGGUGAUGAUACUUUGCUGAGAGGAGCGGUCCAGUCUAGACGGAGGCGAUAGACAUCUCAUUAGGGCUCUCACUUGCUCUCCCUCCUCUACAGCACCUGCCGGCUAGCAGCCUGUCCUUAAUCUUAGGGGCCAGAAUUGAGGAAAGGAAAAGAAGGAAAAAAGACAAUAGAGGAGAAGAAAAGGUGGGUGAGAGGAAAAGGUGAGAUAUGAGGGGGAGGAGGGAAAUCAGAGUAGAGAAGAGGGAGUAGCAAAUGAAACAAGAAUGAAAGAAGGAAGAAGCAAAGGAGGGAAAGUUAGACAAUGAUGAUAGCAAUAAUAGUCUUGAUCCUCUAGGAGGCCCACUCCCAGAGGCUUCCUCUCUGGCUUUCUCUCCCACCCUCUCUCUGUCUCUCCUUUAGUCCCUUUGCCGCCCUCCCUCCUAUCUCCCCUCCUGCUGCUGUUUCACUCUUAAUUAAUUUCUCACCACUCACCAGAGCCCAGAGCUGCAGCUCUCCUCAGCCGGCCUCCGAGACUGCUCUCAGAUCAGCGCAGCCUCGCAGCCACAGGAGCUCAUUUCAGCCUCUAUUUGCCUUGAAAUCAGUGCAGGAGCCGGGCCUCCACCACGACAUUGCCACAAGGUUUGAUCGGCAUUCAGAUCAGUUUCAUUUGCUUAAGACCCUCUUCGGCUAUCUGCUCUGUCAGUAAUUUAUGCCUAACAGGGGUCAGAGGAUGUGCACUUGGGUGUGAGGCAAAGUGAAGAGGCUGGAGCUCAGAUCAGAUUGUUUUCCUGCAUGACCGCAAACCACCAUGUGACUUUUAUAAACUGGGCCUGUCAUCUGGAUGCCUAUUCUGGUGCUCAUGUAGAGAAAAACAAAUUAAACCUCAGAAACAAACUCCUACAAACUUUGUCGCAGUUGAAAACAUCAAAAAUAGAGGAGGAUAAAUCUGCAUUACUGCAAUGUGAUUUUUAGUUCUGCAGUUGACCGUUAAUUUCAUCAAUAAAAAUAAGACUUUAAUGAUAUCCUGGGAGUUGAAUAAACAUUUAGGUAAAUUACAAGAUAAAGUAAAGCUAUGUCUCACCGUGAGCCAUAAUUGCAGGUUAUGGCCUGUGUGUAGUCAUGAAUGUUGAGCAGUCCAAGCUCAAGAAGAUCCUUCCUCUCAGACUGUUUGAUCUGAAUCACUUUCAAGGAUCAUGAUCUUGAGCAGCCCUCUCUUGGUCCCUCUGGACGUUCUUAGAGGCCACUGACUGUAUAUGAGAUACAGAAACGUCUGUGGUGUCCAGCGCCAGAUUAAGAGCCAUUAUCCAUCACAGUAAACAGACAAAUCUCUUGAUUUAACUUUCAUCCACUGCUCUCACUGUUCUUGGUCAAACAUUUCCUCUGCAGCAAUAACAAAACUGAUAUAAUAUUGCUCUCUUUACCUGCUUGUGCAUGCACACUGUUCUUUUUUUAAACAUAAACACUAGAAGAUCUUAUGUAAAUCAACUUAUCUGUAGGUAAAUUAACAACCGUUGAAAAUUUAAAGCUAGAAGAGAAGUUAAGUAAACUGAAGUCCACACAGUGACUGCUUGAUCCAGGCCCCAAAAACCAAUGAAACCCAGAUAAAGCCCAUAUUUACAGCAGAAAUGCAUGUUUACCUGUAACAAAAGGACCACAAAAUCUCUGCAAGUUGAUGAUUUUUCACACAACUUUUAAAAUUGAAUAAUAUAAAGGCCAAGAGCUUUGCAUAAUUAGAUGUAAAUGUGUACGGAUUGACAGGCAGGUUUAAUGUGGCUGUUUGCCCAGAGUCUGUGACCUCAACAACUCGUCUUGCUUGUUUUCAAGAUCAGUCAACAUCUUAUCUGGCCCAGAAUUCUUAAUAUGCUGACCACCAUCUUAAAGCUUUCUAAUGCCUCUUUGAGACCAACUGGUGACACUACGUUUGUAUUUAAAACAGACUAUUCCUUUUACAUUGCACCCUUGUCUGACAAACUGAAAAUAUUCAACCAGUUUUUGUUCAUGGAGAGCACAGUGGAAUUCCUUGUUGUGUACAUGUAAGCUGAUUCUGGUUGUCAACCUGAUCCUGCUCUGUGCUUUGUGGGGCCUUAUCAGAGACUGGUCGAGGGGUGGGAGGUUUGUGCAUUUAAGACAAGAGAAGUCACAGCUGAUUGUCUAGUUUUUCGAUGGAUCUGCUGUCAUGUGUGUAUUAAAUUUGGAUUGUUCUAUAACUAUAACUAUUCCAGAGUUUGUGAUUGGAGCCACACCCCUAGCAACAGUCUGCUAUUUAGGAGUGGCAGACUGUUGCUAUGACGUGGAAUGACCAAUUAGUACAAGAUAAAUUUAGAUAAUAAUGAGCCAACAGUUAAUAAAAAACAAGCUGAAAAAACAAGAUCCAGAUAAAGAGCAUAAUCAGUGUCGGCAAGUUUAAUAAAAGCCAGAUAAAAACUGCAAAUAUGUGAAAAUCUGAUAAAUAAUACAGAAUUUUGUCCCCAUAGUGCUGUGUAUGAUUUGUAUUUUGUACCAAUGGCUGCUAGGAAAAAUGCAGUUAUUUUUCCGUUUAGUCUAUUAGGACCUAAUGAACUUUGUAUCUCCUCACAUGGCAGCAUCUAAACAAACACUCAGAUACUCUGACCCUGACACACUCUCAACCCUUUGACCUUUGCCUUCUUGCCUAAUUUUCAGCCGUGAUAAUCCUUGCCCUGGGCGUACCCUCAAGUGCUCACCAGAGCUCUUUCUGCUGGCUGCCCAGAGCAUCAAGAAAAGAGGAAGGGGCCCUGACCUGAGGUUUACCACCGCCCACACACACAAACAUACAUACACACACACACACACACACACACACGCAAACACAACACCUCCAAUACUCAGGAGCACUGGGCCUCUUCCCUUAGCAGAAAUUGAGAUUCCUUUAUUUCUCUGCUUCCUAUGGCAGUAAUUGUUCAGUGAGUUAGAGGAAGGAUGGGAGGACAAAAAAAAAGAAAAAGCACAAAACUGAGCGGACAUCCUCAAGGUCGCUCCGCUCGGCUGCUGAGUGUAUAUGUGUGUGUGUGAGGCAGAGGAAAGGAGGAAGAAAAUGCAUGGAUGAGCUCAGGGCCAGAUGUGUAUUGUGACCUUCCUCAGGGGAACCAAUCACUGCUGGCCUUUAGGUUUGACCUUUAACCCCCAUGACCACCAAUUUAACUAAGAGUAAAGCCCAUGUAGCACUGCACUCUCUCUUCUCUCUCAGCGCUACAUCUCGCAGUGUUUAUCCCCCCCUUUAGAGACCGCCUGCCUUCGCUCUGCUGCUGCUCUCAUUCAGUGCACUUUAGUCACCUGAAUUUUUUUAAGGGUCUGCAGUAAUGGGAUUUUCUCGACGGCAACGUCACAAGAAACCUGGAUUACAAAGUUAUGGGGAAAGAUUAAAACAAAGCGGACAGACGUGGUCUCUUUUGAGUUUUUCUUUAAACAUACUGUCAUCGAUCUUUUCCUGACUUUACUUGAAUUUUACCAUUUUACCUAAAGCUGCUAUGAGGAGAUUUUUGAUUUUCAUAAUCAGAUGUAGCUGUCAAAAGUCAGGAGAAUGACAUUUUGAAGAAUGCCAAAAGACUACUCAAAAAUGAAGAGGACAAGAUAAGCAAAGACUGCUACAUCCACAGGGGGCGCCACAGUUGAUACAGACUGAGAAUUACUUACUUUGUGUAUUUUAAUUGAUUUAUUUAUUUUCUAAGAGUUAUUCUCAAUACGUUUUGUGUCUUGUAAAAUGUUUAUUUCUCAACCAUUGAUCUUUUACGAAUUCAUGACCAGCUUGUUUUCUUUUGCUGCCUUUGUGAAGCAUUUUGUAACUGCUCUGUGAAUUAAAGUUAUGAGUUUCAUGAAGACAGCAGCACGAUUCCUGUAACAGAAACUCUCUCUCUCUUUUUUUUUAAUCAUGAUCAUAAACUCUUUAUUUAUUUAUUUGAAGACGUGGGCAUGAUACCUGGAUUUCACCCAAUAAACAGAUUUAAAUGUAACUGUUAAUUCUCUGUUUCUAAAUAAAUCUUCAUCUGUCAUCCCUUCAACUUCCUCUCCUCUCCUCUCCUUUCCUCUCCUCUCCCUGGUUAAAUGAGCCACAGGGGAGCAUCAGACAAGCCAUAACCGAGCAGCUGGAGCAUCCAGCUGGGUUAAAAAGGAGAAAGUGAGGGGAGAGAGUGGAGUAGACUUUAGAUUCUCCUCUUGAAGACAGCAAACAGCAGAGCUUACAGGGACAGAGCCUGGUGCUUAAAGUCAAAUGUGGUCUUUAUGCGAGUAAACACUUCACAGCAUCUAACAGAAAUGUACUCUUUUCCACAGUCUGUUCUUUCCUGUCUCUUCCUUUUUCCUUCAUCUCCUCGUUUUCUGUCUUUUCUCAUCACAUGCACACUUAUAUAUCUCAGAUUUGAUCCGAUUUUUGGGGUAUGCUGUUUAUGCACAUCAUGUCAUAAACAUGGAGACAGGAAUGAAACCUUAAAAUUUAAUUUCAGGAUGACUCUGGCACAAACUUGUGUGGGAUGUAAACACCUUAUCUAUAGGCACCUGAUCACUAUCUGCUCUCUGCACAGGUGAGUGGAGCAAUGUGAUAUUUAGAAUAAUAUUAUGACAGAUGAUAUAUUGUGAAUAUAAAGAUGAUUUUCAUACUUAAGUGAAAGAAGAGUUGUGAAAAUAUGUUGGAUGAGUUUGACUUUUAACUUUCUCCUGUUUUAUAUUUCCAGUGAUGAGAUUCAGGGUAUGUGUCCACUGCCAGUGCACAACCCCACAGGACGCUUAACACCUGACAUGCUGAUCUGCAUUGACUUUGUUGGGAAAACAGGUACAGCUACAACUCCCCACUGAGCAGUUUUUGGUCUAAAAGCGAUCUCAACUCAACUCAACUCAACUUUAUUUGUUAAGCACUUUAAAACAACCACAGCUGUACAAAGUGCUGUACAUAACUAGACAAAACAACAAGAUAAAAACCAAUCAAAAAACAAUUAAAACAAUGGAUAAAAUAAAAGCAGAAUUAAAUGUAUUGUUUCAAUGCUUUUAAAAACUAAUUUAUAAACAUAGAAACAAAUAACUAAAAACAAACCAUAAAACACUAAAACAGGAGUCGAGUCUCAUGGAGGGUUAAAAGCCAAUGAAUAAAAAUGGGUUUUAAGACGACUUUUAAAAAUGUCUAAAUGUAGCCUAGACAACUGGUCUAAAAUCAGGCUACCACAGGUCUAAAAAUGAAAGUUUUUUAGACGUCUAAGUUUAGACCAAGUCUAAAUCAGGGCAAUAUCUAUACUACACUGUAUAUUGCUCAAUGGCUAUCAUAAUUAUUUUGGUUAAGUACUUGGGGAUCAGUUAUGCAACUCACAGUAACUUUUUGAAAUAAAUAGUUAUUGAAUGAUUGGUUAAAGUGCAACGUCUAAAUUCUGUCUAAGAAUAUACAGAAUCUAGACAGUUGAAAUUAUGUCUAAAGCCAGACGUCUAAUAGCCGUCUAUUGUUCAGUGGGAUCGUUGCAUCAUUAGCUCCUGUCUCUUCACCAUCCAACCCUCUUCUGUUUUUGUUUCUUGCACACAUCUUCACCCCACCUUUAGCCGAACACUUGACAAACUUGGGCAAACUUGACUGGUAAAAAGAGAGCACACAGGGAGAUAUGAUGAAAACCACACGACACAAAACCACACAAAACUGUGGUCUGUCUCACUGUAUUUCAAACAUGCCCCUGAACUGUAUUUGUGGUCAACCCAGACCUGAUCCGCCAUGUAUCAAUCAAACUCAACCAUAUUAAAACCCCGUAAUGCAAGGUCUAGCACUCUGGAUCACAGCCAGCAUGUUCAGACGCAUGAUCCCUAAAAAUAGACUUCGCUCUAACCCAAAUACAGACUCUGCCAACUCCUGUCUCAUGUUGGUUACCUAAUUUUUGAAUCAAAUUUGCUCCCGUCUCUCCAAACUUGAUGUAAAUCAUCUUAACCUGAUGCAGACAUGCCUGAAUGAGCCAAGUCUGGAUGUUUUCUCUCUCUGACACAUGAUCUACGUCGUUUUCAAUUUCCUCUUUGAUUUAUAAGAUAUCUAGGCAUCAUUGGACUCAUGCUUUUCACUUCCCUGUUAUACUAUAGGGAUUUAAUGUAUUCCUCUGUUGCCUUAAGCUGUCACUUGCAAUAAAUAAUUUUUGUCAGUCUAUAAUAAUCUGAUAAUUAGAAGAAUAUGUUAUUCAUAGGGACUAAUAGGAUCAGGGAUGGUUGAACCGAUGAAUGAGUGUCUGGCUCUGGCAGUAAAAUUAUGUAACUAUUCUCAUCAUCAUGUAGCUGAGAUGUUGACACAGAAGGUAUACUUAGAAAUAUAGCAGAGGGGGGUGCUAAUCCAGAUAAGUCAGGCUGUUCUACACAACCCCAAAAUGUGCAGCUUUAACUAUAAACUGAACUAUAAAUUUACACAUCGCUUAAGUCUUAGCAUAAUGAGAUUUGAAAUGAAUAAUAAGAUUUAAAAAACAUGCAGAGGGGCUAAUCUGGGAUUGUUAUUUUUGAUACACAUUUUUGCAACCAUUUAAUGUUUUAUGACAGGCCUACCUCACCAUCUGUGCACCAUGAAAGCCAUGAUAAAUGUGAACGUCUGACUCCAACGUGUCAUCCCGUGGGAUUUUUAUUUAUCAUCCCUGUUCUCACAUUUAGAAUAACACCAUUAACACGUUUAGGAAAUUAUAUCAGAUCAAGCUGCUGUCAGGGUUCCCCAAUGGCAUCUCGUUCAUUAUGAGCUGAAAAGGCCCAAAGUGAACCUGAAUCAGACCUCCUAUUGUGUUCACGGGGGGAUGUGGGGGAGGGAAAAGGUAAAAGAGGGGGUAGAUGGCAGGGGCCAAGCGUGAGCAAGUAGACAGGGGAUGCUCCCCAACCUCCUACCCGUGAACACUGACACUAAUUGAGAGGUCUAUGAAAUAUAGAUGAUUUCAGUGUUGCCCCCCUCCACACUCUCCCUCUCCUUACUGCUGCACCUCACGUCCCCCGUCUACCUGCCUGAGUGAGUCAGAUCAAGAUUGCAUGCAGACGCUGUGUUGGCAUGCACAUGCCCCACUGCACACAAGGUAUAUCAGGGAUGGUCCAAUGGGCAUGAUCGGUCGGCCCAGUCGGUCAGUGAGAGUUAAUGUAUGUGUGUGAGUGGGUGGGACAGAGACAGCAGAGUGAACGUGCAGAAUUCUUAUUAUCAGUCAUCAAGUAAAUAGUCCAAAUGUGUGCAGAAUUUAAUGUUUGAGGUUUUGUUUGCCUUCAGCCUCCUUGAAAUCCUGAAGGGACAAAGACUGAAACACUUGAAAACAAAACUUCCUUUGACCAAAAUGUUAUAAAUCACAAUAAUAUUGGAUUGUUACUUAAGUAUCAUGUUAAAAUAUUAUCGUAAGCCCUGGUGAUUCCCAACCUUAUACUAUGUAGAUUACAACCCACGGACGUAAUUUGUGGAGGGGAAACAGGGGAAAUGUCCCCCACAAAAGCCUGUUUUGGUCCCCCGCAGUUUUUUUAGCGUCUGAGAACAAUGUUACUUUACGCCAUAGCAAACCGAUACACGUCAGGUACUAGGAUCAAAUGGCCGCUUAUGCUGAAAAUCGGUUUCCCUCGGUUUGGAUCACUCACAAUGGUCUUCGAUUGGCUCUGCCGCAGGGCCGCUUUUUGUGUGUGAUGGGCUAUCCCUGCUGUCAGUCAUUCCAAGCCCGCCAGACUAGUGUUUUGCAAGAUGCUCAUUUUCCCUCUGUAACGUCACAUUCUUUGGAGGUUUCAUUUACAUCAACCUUUGUAAUCAAAAUUUUGUCCAUGUUACAACCCCUGCAGAUUUAAGGAUGUUUUAAGGCCCAGGGUAAAGGAAGGAUACCGGGCUGUUCCCAAUUUUACAUAAAAAUAUUUCUUUUUAACUUUUAAACCUUCACUUCCUUUCAAUUCUUUUGUGUUUUUUUUUUAUUCUGUGCUUUUGUGUCUUUUUUUUUUUUGCCUCUUUUGCAUUCUGCAAAUUGAAGCUAUCACCGGUUAACUAACUUGAAUUGAAUUGAAUUUUGCUCACUUUAGAUAUUACAACUGACAUGACAUUGAUUUGUUAAACAUUUUAAAAUUACCAUUUAAAAGAAGGAAAUCAAUAGGCUACUUUUUUUUUGCCCUUGUUUGUGUACUUCUGCCACACACAUACACACACACACACACGAUCCUACACGCAUUUCACAGCUUUCGAGAAUUUCUGCACAAUGUUGCCUACCAUCAGCACUUUGCCUUGGCUGUCAGUCGUCCCCCUGCUCUCUCCAAUGGCUCACACUCAAGUGGGAAAUCAUGCCUCACUGCUAUGAAUGUGAGCGCAUGUUCUGUGUGUGUGUGUGUGUGUGUGUGUGUGUGUGUGUGUGUGUGUGUGUGUGUGUGUGUGCGUGCGUGUGUGUGUGUGUGUGUGUGUGUGUGCGCUCUCGUGUGCAGAUGCACUCAACUGUUAGGGUACACGUGUGUUUGUGCAUGAUCAGCUGAAAAGCCUGGCGUCAUUCUUAAACCGCAUGGAGCAACACUGUGGGGGAAUCGCAGAGAAGGAUCCCACUCUGUCUGGAAAAAAAGAUCUUUCAUUCAGUGGAAUUCAGGUGCUCAAUUUUGCCCUUUUCCACAUGAUAAGUGACAUACGCUGACAUAAGGGUCAGCCGUGCAGUCAUUUGAAGAGCUGUGGAAAGCCAUUCUGGCCCUCUCCAGUGUUGUUAAGCCCCUUUAAAUCUCAUUACCUACACCUCAUUGGUAUCUGUGAUGCAUUUUCCACCAAAUGUCACAUCAUAAUUUGUGAGAGUUCAAUUCAGCCAUACUUUCCUUUGCAGGUGAGUAUGUGGAAAUCAAUGAAAGCAGCUGCAGAAGAGAUUGA